AUGGCAGCAAUCCUCGUAGAAUUGAUAUGUUCAAUAGUGGGGUUGGCAAUAAAGCCUCUCUCACUAUUUAAGCUGUCUUGUGUUUUUGCCGUGCGAAGCAUCUUUAUUGUAAUUCAGACGUGGAUAGAGCUGCUAAGAGCUUCUAUCUAUCUUCAUAUCAUUAUCUUCUGGAAGCUUGCAAUCUGGACAAUUGAUAUAGUAACUCUUCCUAUGCGAGCAAUUGCUGCAUUGCAAAGGGAACGACUGGAUAGGAAUGAACUAGAAGAACAGCUAUUUAUGGCUAUCAAAAAGCAUAAAAUGGUGAAGAUGAUGCUAGAAGAACUUGAACGUGAACAUGACGAGACCAUUGUUAGAAUUCAGCUCUUAGAGGGUGAGGUUCAGGAUUUGAAGGAUGAAAAUCAACGGUUGAAAGAGGCCGAGGGUAGAGCACUUUGGAGCUACAGAGAUAAAGGUGAUACAGGCCAUGGUCAUGAUACAAAGGACACUGAUAAAUUUGGGGAGUCGGGUUACAACAGAAACACUAACCGAGUGAUGGAGCAUGAAGACAUUUGGGAAGAGGAAACACAUGAUUUUGUAAAAGAAGGGUUGAAAUCGAAAUCCUAUGGACCCCACAUCAUCUCACAAGAUCUAAACACAAGCGAUAUUCUGGCCAGACGGAGGGAGCUUGCUCUUUCCCAAAGCCUUUUCAGUGCAAUACUGUCGCUUGUGGUCGGGAUGAUUGUAUGGGAAGCUGAGGACCCUUGUGUACCUCUUGUUGCAGCUCUUUUUACCGUUGUCGCCAUGUCCUUGAUGAAUGUUGUCCAAUUUUUCGCGACCAUUGAUAACAAACCGGCAUCUGAUGCUGUUGCGCUCUUGAGCUUCAACUGGUUUAUACUCGGCACAUUGGCGUAUCCAACAUUACCGAUGGUGGCUCGUGUGUUGGCUCCCCUAGCAUCAAGUGUUGUUAAGCAUAUAUUCAUAUGGCUUAGUCUGUUAUAG